GGGCAUUACCCCGUCGCCUCGCUAAUCUUCCCCACUAUAAAGAAAAGGACACGCUCUCCCACAGCUCCUUUUCGGGCCCUCAAAAGCAAGAAACCCCGAGAGAGAGAGAGAGAGAGAGAGAGUCUCAGCUCCCCUCUCCCUCGUGCUCCCAUCGGAUGAUACAUUUGUGAAGCCCCGGAAUUUCCCCUAAUCCCCUGCCAAACCCUUCCCUCCCUUUUCCUCUCUCGUAACUCGCUUUUUUCCCCCCUUUUUUAAUCCCUUCUUUGCUUCGGAAGCCCGCCGAUCCCGCGAUCGGAACCCUAGCCUUUACGUCACUGGCGAUGUCGCCCGGCUCCGACCGGUCCUCCACCAACUGCAUCUUCCCCCGCCCCGCCCGCGUCGUCCGCGGCGAGCCUGAGUGCGUCCCGGCCGCCCCCUCAUCGCCGCCGCCGCGCGCCCCGAUCUCUUUCUCGGAACCCCCCGAUCGGUCCCCUUCCCCGUGGAGAAGCCGGCUUGGAAUAUGCCGCCCAAUGGCUCCAAUGAAGCAGGCCCCGUCAUGGGGGGCCGAUUCCUGGCCACCUCUCUCCGAGUCUACUUGGGUUUCUCCUAAAUCAUCGUCUUCAGAUACUCAAGGUCAUCCAAUGCUGGCAACUUACAAGUAUGAUAAAGACAAGAUCAAUUUUGUGGAUAAGCCAUGCACAAUUGUUAUGAGGCUUCAACGUUGGAGCGUAAGAAAUGUAAACCAAACAGCCUCCCCCAUAGUUGCAAAAGAUGUCAUGUUAAAGUGGCGACACUGUGAAAAUUAUCUCAGGUCAUGAGCAAGGCAAAAUUGGAGAGAUUACUCGGGUUUUCAGGCAAUAACAGUACUCUGAUUGUAAAAAGACAUGAACUUGAAGACAAAACACAUGAAGAGUAGAGAACAGGUGGAGCAGGGCAGAUUGUGAAGAUUGAAGCACCUAUUCACAGCUCAAAUGUGAUGCUUUUACUCAAAGGAAAAACAACUAGCGAGCAGAGUGGGCAUAAAAUCCUUGAGGAUGUGACCUCAUUAAGACUGGUGAGAUAAGUUGACAGUGCAGAGAACUGAAAAAGUGUGAUUAAAGAAAGAAAGAAGAAAGAGAAAAAAAAAUCCGCUUAAUGUGAAGCAGCUGAAGUUCUCUUCAUGAAUGUGCUUGUUGACUCCAUCGCAUAUAUUUUAAUUUCUUGCACUCACGUUCCCAAAUAUUUUGUUUCAAGUUGUGUUUUCAACUCAUUCCAAAGUUCCCUUCAAUAGCAUAUUGAUAUCA